CACUUGCGCUGGACGAGAGACAUUACUUCUGCUCGGUGCUUCUUGACUUUACUGUCAUACGCUUGUAUUGCAAUCGAUCGAACCAGGACAACGCUCAUCGCUUGGGGAGAACAUGUGGGGGCCACGAUGCGUCUUUUGAAGCGGCUGCUGGGAGACGGCGGCUUUGAGCUAGUAUCUUUCAACGAUGACGACCCCUCUCCGUACGCUAUCCUAUCGCAUACCUGGACAGAAGGUCAGGAAGUUACGUACAAUGAGCUGGUGACCGGUGCAGGCAAAGACAAGGCUGGCUACGCCAAAAUCCGCUUCUGCAGCGAACGAGCUGCAGCGGACGGCCUCGAGUACUUUUGGGUCGAUACCUGCUGCAUCGACAAGUCUACUAGUGAUGAGCUCAGUACAGCGAUCAAUUCUAUGUUCCGCUGGUACCAGCGCGCAUCUAAGUGCUACGUAUACCUGUCGGACGUUCCGGUGCCGGACGAGAUCAACGACGCUGAAGCCUUCCCGAUAGUGUGGCAAGAAGCCUUUCGACGGAGCCGUUGGUUCACGCGAGGUUGGACGUUGCAAGAGCUCCUGGCGCCGGCUAGCGUCGAGUUCUUCUGCAAGCAGGGCAAGCGGCUGGGUAGCAGGGUGUCGUUAGAGCGGGAAAUCCACGAGAUUACCAAGAUCCCUAUCACGGCUCUAAGAGGACAAAGUCUUACUGGGUUUAGUGUUGAGGACCGAAUGAGCUGGGCGGCCAGGCGCACGACAACGUUAAAGGAAGACAAGGUGUAUUGUCUGCUAGGAAUCUUUGGUGUGUUCCUGUCGCUCAUAUACGGGGAAGGAGAAGCAUACGCCACCCUACGGCUGAGAGAAGAGAUACAGAAGCGGCAGGAGGGGCGUGGAACUGACAGCUCGCGUAACCUGUCUGUUUUCUCGUCGCUACCAUUCCUAAGAAACACUCUCUUUGUUGGACGGACAGACCAGCUCCGAUAUCUCGAACAGCACCUCCUCGUCUCCAACAGCCACCGGCGGAUGACAAUAUACGGACUAGGAGGUUGCGGGAAGUCAGCGCUUGCCAUCGAGUUUGCAUAUCGCGUAUUGGCAAGACACGCUAGACUGGUAUUCUGGGUGCCAGCUAUCAGCCAGGAGAGCUUCGAGCUUGCGUUCCGCGAGAUCGGAGUCCGCCUCCGUAUCCCAGGGAUUACUGAUGACAAUGCAGACAUCAAGAAGUUGGUCAGAGACACGCUAAGUUCAGAGGGCGUGGACGACUGGCUGAUGAUUGUCGAUGAUGCCGACAAUCAUGAGGUGCUACUGGGUACCAUGACUAGUGACUCAAAGGCAGCUCGACUGCGCGACUAUCUCCCGCGCAGCGACAAAGGCGCAAUUCUUUUCACGACUCGAAGUAGGAAGGUGGCUAGGACUUUGACGCCGAGCAGCGUCUUGGGGCUUGAUGAUAUGAGCAAAGCUGAAGCUAGGCAGCUGUUAGAGCGGUGCAUAACAAAGCAGGCAUUGCUUGAUGACAAGACGGCUGUUGACGAACUGCUAGAGAUUCUCACAUGUCUACCGCUUGCUAUCGUGCAGGCAGCCGCCUUUAUCAAUAACAACCAUGCUGGUGCAGAGACUGAGCUCUUCAAUGAGCGCUUUGCCGACCCCAGCAGAUACGAUGAACUGGACAGCACGAUCGCGAAGACUUGGCACAUCUCUUUCGAUCAGAUACGCAGGCAAGACUCGCUCGCUGCAGAAUACCUUUCAUUCAUGGCGUGCAUCGACCGCGUCAACAUCCCCCAAUCGCUACUGCCUCCUGGAGGCUCCUUAGUGCAGCAAGUGAAAGCGCUAGGAACACUGACAGGAUACGCAUUCAUCACAGAGCGCCUACAAACGGCACAAGAGCCAGAUGGAGACAAAGUCUUCGAUAUGCACCGACUGGUGCAUUUGGCGUCUGUCUGGUGGCUGGACGGACAUGGUGAGCGUGCAACCUGGGUGAAUGCAGCGGUGGCGCGGCUCGAGGAGCUAGUGCCGCACGGCGGGCAUGAAAAGAAAGAGGUGUGGACGACGUACCUAUCACACGCAAUCCAUGUGGCUGGGAUUGAUAGUGUAGUGUGCAAAGCAACAAGCGCUUCGCUUCUAGAUCGCGUAGGACGGUGUCAAGCAAGCCUCGGGCAAUAUUCGGCAGCAGAAACAAUGCACCAACAAGGGUUAUCAGUGAGAGAGAGGAUGUUAGGGCCCGAGCAUCCAGACACGCUGACGAGCAUGGGCAACCUAGCCAGUGUGCUGGACAGGCAAGGCAAGUACAAGGAGGCGGAAGCGAUGAAUAGAGAGACGCUGGUGUUGUACAAGACGGUGCUGGGACCUAAGUAUCCAGACACGCUGACGAGCAUGAGCAAUUUGGCGCUUGUGCUGUACAGGCAGGGCAAGUACAAGGAGGCGGAAGCGAUGAACAGCGAGACGCUAGUGCUGUGUACAAAAGUGCUUGGGGCUGAGCAUCCAGACACUCUGACGAGCAUGCACAGCUUGGCGCUGGUGCUGGACAGCCGGGGGAAGUCCGGAGAGGCAGAAGCAAUGAACAGAGAGACGCUGGUGUUGUAUAAGACGGUGCUGGGACCUAAGCAUCCAGAAACGCUGACUAGCAUGAGCAACUUGGCGCUUGUGCUGUACAGCCAAGGCAAGUACGGGGAGGCAGAAGCGAUGAACAGAGAGACGCUGGUGUUGUACCAGACGGUGCUUGGGCCUGAGCAUCCCUCCACACUGACAAGUAUACACAACUUGGCGCUUGUGCUGUACAGGCAGGGCAAGCAAGAUGGGGCGGAAGCAAUGCACAGAGAGGAGCUGGCGCUGUGCAAGAAGGUGCUGGGUCCUGAGCAUCCAGAUACGCUGACAAGCAUGAGCAACUUGGCGGGAGUGCUGAGCGAGCAAGGCAAGUAUGAGGAGGCGGAAACAGUGAAUACGGAGACAUUGGCAUUGUACAAGAAGGUGCUAGGGCCUGAGCAUCCAGACACGCUUAUGAGCAUGUACUGCCACGCCCGCCUUCUUGCAAAUCAAUAUCGCUACGACUCCCGCCACUUGUAUGAACAGGCAUGCGCUGCGUAUGGUACUGUUCUUGGAGAGGAUCACCCGACUACUCGCGCUUGUCGCCAACACUAUUGCCAAUUACUCGCGUUGAAAGAACAGGACCGGUUCUCCCUCUGUUCAAGAGACUGGAAAGAAACGUAG